AGUUGGCAGCAUAGAAAGCAGUACAAAGAGUUCUCUGACUCUGGACACUUUCAGUUGCAAUAUUCAAUUGGAGACUGUAGCAUGCUUGUUUAGUGAGCCGUAGUGAUACUAGUGACCUAUUUAUUCACUUACGUGGGUGAAUGGGAGAUUUCAUUACACUUUACUGAACAGAUGUGGACCACUGACAAGUAGUACAUUAGCUCAGGCUCUGGCUACCCUAUAGUACUGCUGCUUGUGUAUAAACAAGCAAGAUGUGUCUCAAGAUGGCUGACCUGGAAGUCUUCUUGUAGCUCAUGAUAUUUAUGCAAAUGAGCUGCAUGCCCGUGGCUUAUACAGAGGAGGAAGUUCGUUUUGCAUGUGUCGGCCUUUCUUCAGGGUCAAGAUGGAUAGCACAGAAGAACCUCAGAAAAAAGUCUUUAAAGCCCGAAAAACAAUGAGAGUAAGCGAUCGACAACAACUUGAGGCUGUCUAUAAGGUCAAAGAGGAGCUAUUGAAGACCACUGAAGUUAAACUAUUAAACGGCAAACAUGAGAAUGGAGAUUCUGAUUUAAAUUCCCCGUUAAGCAACACAGACUGCAUGGAGGACAAGAAGGAGGUUAAUGGUUUAGUAGAUGCAUGCCUUGACUCUGAAGAAAAGAGAACUGACUCUGAGGAAACCACUGAUGUCAAAGGUACUGACAUCAGGGCAGAAAACAAAGAUGGAGAUCUAGAACCCACAUCUCAAAAGUUGUCUUCAGAGGAUGUUACUUCUGAAAGAGAACAGGGUAACAGUGGCAAUUCUUCAGUGUCUCAGGCUGGAAAUCGGGUGCUUGAUAGCAAUAAAGAUGACCACUUCCAAGAAGAAGAUAAUAUAAAAAAGAGUUUGGACCAAAGAGAGGGAAACAGUCCAGCUAAAGGUGAAUGUAAACUAAGCUUUGAGGUUAAUGACUCUUUUGAAGAGAAAGUAGAAACAAAUGAACUAGCUGUUAGUUCUGAUCUACCUGUUGAAGAGCUAAAAAGUGCGCAAGAAGAUGCUGUUGAUGAUGAUGUUGGAGAAGGAGCUAUAUCUAGUAGUGUGGAAACUGAGCAGGAACCAAGGGAUGAAGGAAACCUCUCUAUAAAUCUUUCAGAAACCACCAAUGAAAAGACACUAGAAGAACCAAGUGAGAGCAUCUUAGAAAACACAGACUCUAUGGAAACAGAUGAAAUUAUUCCAAUUCUGGAAAAACUUGCCCCAGCUGAAGAUGGACUGAGUUGUUUUCCCAAAGCUUCUCUGCUUCCAGUGGAAGAGACAAGCCCAGAAUUAGAGGAAAAAAUAGAGAAUUCUUUAAGUUCACCAUCUAAGCAGGAAAGCAAUGAAAGUUUGCCCAAGGAAGCUUUCUUAGUACUCUCUGAUGAAGAGGAGCCUUGUGAGAAAGAGGAAGAAGCUGAAGUGAUAUUAUUGAAUAAAUCAAGUCUUCCAGAAGAGACAGAGGAGAAAGGAAAAGAAAAGGAUCAGGAUAAAGAGGGAGAAAAAGAAGAUCAUAAAGAAGAAGAGAGACAUUCAGAAAAAAGUGAAGUGUCAAGAAGGAAGCGUUCCAAGUCAGAGGAUAUGGACAGCAUACAUUCCAAACGCCGUCGAUACAUGGAAGAAGAUUAUGAAGCAGAACUCCAAGUAAAAAUUACAGCUAGAGGGGAUAUUAAUCAGAAGGUGCAGAAGGUAAUCCAGAGAUUGCUAGAAGAGAAACUUACUGCCCUGCAGGUUACUGAAUUUGAAAAGGCUCUGACAGAUCUGAAAACCCGAGUAGAGAAAAUAGAGUGUAGCAAGAGGCAUAAAACUGUGCUUAUUGAACUACAGGCUAAAAUUGCUAAAUUGGCGAAACGCUGUGGAACAGCUGAGGAGAACUUGAAAAAAAAACAAGAAAAUACGCCAAACCCCCCACCCCUUUCUCCGGGGAAAGCAGCAAGCGACACUGGAAGCACCAACAGUCUGACAUAUCGAAAUGCUGGCACAGUGAGACAAAUGCUCGAAUCCAAGAGGAAUGUAGGUGACAGCACACCAGCAACUUUUCAAGCCCCCUUGAAUGCAGUGUCUGCUCCCAGUUUUGCUGCUCCUCAGGCAGUGGUCAGUGGACAUCCCAAACCUCAGACACCAGUGACUUCCAGUUCCUUGACAACAUCUGUUCUUCCUACAGCCAGUGCAGCUACUGUUGUUGGCACAAGUCAGGUGCCCAGUGGCAACACUCAGCCUAUGUCUGUCUCAUUGCAGCCUUUGCCUGUAAUCCUGCAUGUACCUCUUACAAUGUCCUCCCAGCCUCAGCUUCUGCAAAGCCACACAGGGACUUUGGUCACUAACCAGCAAUCAGGCAAUGUUGAAUUUAUAUCAGUACAAAGCCCAUCUGCUGUUGGUGGCCUUGCUAAAACUCCGGUGUCUUUGGCAUCAGCUAACCCAACUAAACCAAAUAACAGUCCAUCUGUGCCCAGCCCUGGUGUUCAGAGAAACUCUCCAGCCAGUGCUGGGUCCAUAGGGACAACACUGGCAGUACAGGCUGUUUCAACAGCAAAUCCUGUCGCCCAGGCCACAAGGACUCCUUUGCCCACAGUGGGUACUUCAGGACUGUAUAAUCCUACCAGCAAUCGAGGUCCCAUACAGAUGAAGAUCUCUCUCUCUGCAUUUGGUAAUGCAGCUCCUGCCGAACCAAGCACCAUUCCCACAGCGCCUAGAGUUGAGAACCAAAUAAACAGGCCACCAACAGAUGCUUCAGGAAACAAGAGAGCACCAGAGAGCACAGCACAGAGUGGAAAGGUCGCAGGAAGUGAUUCUGGAGGCGUCAUAGAUCUCACACUGGAUGAUGAAGAUGAUGGCUCUUCCCAAGCAGAUGCCAAAAAGCAGAAUCCGUCAGGUGUGUCUGGAACGGGCCUAUCCACCCAACCCGUGGCUCGCCCCUUGCAGCCUUUGCAGACAGCUCCUCUGCAGCAGACAGGUGUGCCAACAAGUGGACCUUCCCAGACCACCAUACAUGUACUACCUACAGCUCCGACAACAGUGAAUGUAACCCAUCGUCCAGUGACUCAGACUGCUGCAAGGCUCCCUGUACCACGAGCUCCUGCUAACCACCAAGUGGUCUAUACUACUCUUCCUGCACCUCCAGCUCCGAAUCCUGUGAGAGGAGCUGUCAUGCAGAGCCCUGGUUUAAGGCAGGUCAACCCACAGAGUGGAGGUGUUACAGUGCGAGUACCUCAAACAACUGCGUAUGUUGUGAACAACGGGCUAACUCUUGGAUCUGGAGCCCCGCAACUCACGGUGCAUCACCGGCCACCACAGGUGCAUGCUGAGCCCCCACGCCCUGUGCAUCCUGCACCACUGCCAGAGGCCCCACAGCCAGCACGCCUGCCCCCUGAAGCAGCCAGCACCAGUCUGCCUCAGAAGCCUCAGUUAAAGCUGGCACGAGUACAAAGCCAGAAUGGUAUUGUGUUAUCAUGGAGUGUCAUAGAAGUGGACCGGAGCUGUGCCAGUGUGGACAGUUACCACUUGUAUGCCUACCAUGAGGACCCAAGUGCCACCAUGCCCUCCCAGUGGAAGAAGAUUGGGGAGGUGAAAGCCCUUCCCCUCCCGAUGGCAUGCACUCUCACUCAGUUUGUGUCUGGCAGCAAAUACUACUUUGCUGUCCGGGCUAAAGACAUUUAUGGACGCUUUGGACCUUUCUGCGACCCCCAAUCCACAGAUGUGAUCUCUUCCCAGACCAGUUAAGCUAGAGAUCUUUGCAGCCUUUAAACCUGCCCCACCACCAAGUUACACUAGUUUGGGGUUUAAUCACAUGCAUGAAAUUCACUCUCUACAGGAUAAUUUUGGGCAGCCCUAUGUGAUACACUACAUCCAAUGAAAAACAAGAGCAAAAUAAAUACUCACCCUGCCAUGAGAGAACCCAUCUUCCUGGCUAGUUCAAGUCUUGGGCAGUUUGAAAUCAAAGUUUUCCUCUGCCCUUGGAGCUGCUUCACCCAGAGAUACCAACCCUUUAUCCAGGGGGAACCUGGAUAUCUGGGCCUUUGCUUCAGACUGGGAACAGGAUGAUCUAUUGCACAGUUUGCCUGAAGCAAAUCAACACAUCUGUACCGCAGAGAACAGUUAAAUGGCGCUAACAGGAGGACAAGGAACAGACUUGCCCACUCACUCCCCACCACUCAGUGGGCAGGCUGUGAGGGGAAAGAGGAUUCAGGGUCUGACUUCUUUUGUACUGAAAGACUGAGUAGCCUGGACUCAUCUUACACACUGCAGUGUGCUCUCCAGGGGACAAGGGAGCUUGAGUUUGGCAAGUGAUGGGGUGUGUGUGUAAAUUUGGAGGUGGUGCAAGAAACAUCCACUACCUCCCACCUCCCACAGAUACAAACCUCUCUUCACUCCCCGCUUCCCAACAGGGUCUGGGAGCAUUGUCAAGCCAGAUCUGAAACUGGACUGUAGAGACUGCAUUUUUCCUUCCUAGCUCAGAUGAAUUAUCUGUCCUCUCCUCUCAUACAUUCAGCCCUCUUUUUUUUUUUAAAUUUAUUUUGUGCCUUAAAGAGUACUUUCAGAAAUAAAUGUAGCCAGAUAUCUUGUGUUGGUUAGUCUUUUUUUCUUUCCCCCUGUAGUCUCCUGUUGAGGUUCCUCUUGGCCCCAGACCAUUUGUCUAGUUCUGUAGGUUCCAGGAAGUGUAGCACCUGGCACCCUUAAUUUCCACUAAAAUUCUUGGAAUGGCUAGGUUUUGUCCUAUGAAGAUGACUGUAGGCAAUAUAAGACAGUAUUCUGCGUCAGCACCUUUUUCCUGUUCUGGGAAAGCUGCAUGCUACGAAUUAGCCAAAGGAAGUCUGUGUGGCACAGUGAAAGCUUUCGGUCUCAUCACACAUGCUUGGAUGUUGUAUUAGUACAAGACGGUAUCAACAUUUAAGUUGGCUUCCCAUUUCCUGUCUUUUCCCAGCCCCUUGUCCAUCUGCAUGUGUUAACCGCCAAAGCCAGAACAGUUUUGGACAUCUUAUUUUGCUCACUAGCCCAAAAGCUGUGGAGCAGUUGUAGACUUUAAGGAGCUUUCAUGAUGCUUCUGAGAUGAGCCUAAAGGAAAGCUUCCUCCCCACCAUGCCUUUGUUACUGUCCCGGUUUUGAAUAGUGACACAGAGCAUGCUUUACAUAUGGACAAGGAGAGGCAGAUAAGGUGCAACCUUGCCAGCCUUCAGAAGAACAGACCCAGUUUGCUGCCUUUUCUGCUUAGCAAAAUUAAUCAACUUCAGGGGAAUGGGAGCAUGAAGCCAUCCUUGACGCAUUUCAGCACCUGGCUGAGCUGUAUGAGAUGUUUAGGUUGGUGGGUUGGUUUUGGUUUCUCAUGCACGCAUGUGUUCUCUUGUAAUUCUCAAAGCCCUUGGUUUAAAACUAAAACAAGGUUGAAAAAGAAAAAAGCCUUUAAAUGCCAAAGGUGCUGCUAAAAUCUCUUGCAAGGCUGUAAGAUGUAAGUUGGUUUUGUUCGUACAAAGCGCUGAUGUUGGUAGAAUAGCACAACGUGGCAGGAUCUUUUAGGAGACCCCACCUUCUCUGCGUUCCAUCUCGCUCUGUAAUACGUAUUCCAUCCAUCCUGGCACGGGGAUUGUCAUUCUUUCAGGUGAGCAGGAGGUGUUCUCUCCUUCUUUUCUUUAGCAGCUAUUUAGUAAGAAAUACCGCUGAUCUCUGAACAGAAGUUUUGUGGUAUUUGUUAGGGGCAGGUUAAUUUUUUGGGUCUUUCUAAUUUUGGGGUGCAGCUUUGAACACUGUCCAACCCAUCAGCUGAAUAACAGGCGCCCCAUUUCACUGGUGCCAAGAAUCAAUAAUGCCUUGAAAUUUUCUGGGUUUACUUUCUUUGCCACCUUCAAGAAAUAAGACCUGCUUUAUAGUGCAUUUAGUUUAUGUAUGUAAAGUUGAGAUUAAAACAGCCAGCAAUGGCCAUUCAUAAUGCUAUUUCUCCCAAUUUCUAGGUCUGUGUAGUCCUCCUUGGACUAGUUUUAAUAUCUUGUAUUUGAAGUGGUACCAAAGGCCUUGGGAGAAGCUGUUUCAGUACAAAGAGAUUUAUAGUUUAAAGAGGAAAAACCCACUACCUGGACCUGAUGCUGCUUGUUUAACGUCAUCUCCACUGUAACUCCAGCUCAGUACAUGUAGGAGAGAGCAGUCUAUAGUUUUUCUUGCCCUUUCCCAGUCUGUGACUAUUGUUAAUCUUGUCUUGAUGAGGAGCAGGUACCCUUGGCAGAGAUUUUUCUUGUAGCUGAUGGAAAUGGUACUUAGAGCUAUCUUAACAUUGUGUUCAGAGACCUUUUGAGAAGCCUGGGCCACAAAUAAAUGAAAAGGGAAAUUUAGCCAAGAGCAAUUCUUGAAAUUUGAAGUUGAUUUUUGUGGCCCUAAAACAAACUGUAAGGAAUCCUCAGAAGUGGGUGCAUCACCUUUUUAUGAAAUGUUAAGAUGCAGCUGUACUCUAACCUGACUAUAGGAUGUUGACUUUGUGUACAGCAGCUCUCUACCUAGUUAUCCUAAUAAAGUUAUCAAUUAUGACUUACUCUUUGGAUCUAACACAGCUGUGGGCAAAUGCCUUGGACUCUCUUCUGCCUCACUCAAACCGAAUUGUUAAAUGAAUUCCAAGUGCAUACUCAUUUUAGUAGGUGGUGACAGUUCAUGCUUUGUGAAGAACACUGUUACAUUUUUAAAUUACCAGCUGUGAGUUUGUAUGUCUUCCAGUUUGCUGGCCUAGAGGUCCUUCCCACAAUAAAUAGGGAACUUUACUAGGCCACGUUUUAUAGAUGUUUCAGAGUAGAAUCAGUUUUUUAAAAUGGAUAUUUUCUCUUGUAUAAUCCAACAGAAAUGAAAUUGAGCUCCUCAGCUGUGAGUUACGUACUAGCCCUUGCAUUUCCUUGUUUUGUGAUCUUUUGGGGGUUUUUUAAAGAAAAAAGAAAAAACCUUGCCCAAGAGAAACCAUUUUAAAAUUCAAAACUUCUUGCCACAAGCAUUCUGGAAUAACUAGUUAUGCUGCAAAAUACUUUCUUUUAAAGUAUUACAAAAAACCUGGAGUAGUCAGCACAAGACUAAACUUGAUCUGCUUUCAGGAUGAUGCUCUCCAUGAAAGUGUUUGUCCCAAUAGUUAAGCUUUAUUGGAAGCUUCCAAUAUUUGUUCGUAAAUAAACUAAACCACAUUUGAAGCAGAAUUGUCUUUUAAUCUCAAUUUUGCACUUUGUCAGAGUAUUUUUUGUGUUCUCAGUACUGCAAUGUAAAAGCUGCUUCCUGCUUCAGGCUUUAUUCUUGCCACUGGAUAUCUCCCCAUACCAAAUUGGAGCUUGUUCUCCAGGUUUUAACAACUGCAAUACUGCAUCUUUAGCCACUUUCCCAUCCUCAUUUCUAAAUGGUUCUUUUCAUCUGUUAUAAUAGUUGGAACCUGAAUUUCCUGACUGUGAACAGUAUAAAAUUAAUUUGAUUUCUGGCUGGAGAAAAGUGAUAUUGGUUUCCUUUCUGUACACAAAUAGAAUGCUGAGAGCAAAAUGCAAUUACUUUCCAUCCAUUUCCCCCCAACACCAGCUUGCUGACCCUCCUGUGCCCCACUUUAUUGCUUAGCUUAUUUAGAAAGCAUUAUCAAAUUCAAUUAAAAUGGUGGUGUUUUAUAACCUGUAGGUACCAUGUGAUUUUUUUUUCCUGUAUUCUUGAACCAAUGACAGCAGCUUAUGAGAAGGGUGGGGUGUAGUGGUUAGUUCCCUUCAUGCCUAUAUUCAAGCAUAUGUUUAACAUUUUUGUAUUGUGGUCAGCCUCACCUGAGCAGCACCUGAUAGAAAAACCUGCUGCACCAAACUGCAUGCCACCCUGCUUAGAUGAGUGUUAGAUUAUCUAGCGCAAGCAUUCAGACACUCAGCCAUCCUGAUUUGAAUUUCUGGCACAAGAACUGGGAGGUGGCAGUGCCUCUGUUAUCUUCCCCUUGCACAUCCUGCCUCCUCCAAAAAAAAAAUAAUAAUAAUAGUGGGAAAAUCUUCAAGCGACUUCAGUGGGAGCAGAGGGUGCAGUUGUUGAAGAUUAGCUAGGAAAUGAUCACAGUAUUGUACUGGAACUCAACUACAGCUCAUCCCUUCCUCUAUGCUGCUUAGCUGAGUAUCUAAUGAACUAGAAUCCAUGUGAUAUGGAGGAACAGGCCCAGAUGUGUUCUGUUUCCCUGAGUAGCCAUGCCCCAGUAUUAGAGUACUACAGACACUGCACAAAAUCAAGCUGUAAUACUGCUGCCUUCUAUGCUCUUUAGUAUUUUCAUUUAUGCAACAAAAAGAAAUCCUAACUACAUUUUUUAAAUAAAGGCUUGAUAUAUAUAUAUAUAUAUAUAUAUAUAUAUAUAUAUAAUCUCAAUAAUAUAUAUAAUCUCUCUCUCUAGAUAUAUAUCUAGAGAGAGAGAGAUUAUAUAAUUGAUGUCUGUGUGUGUAUAUAUAUAUUGUUGAUGUAUUAUAUUUUAGGUUUUUCUUUUGGGGAAAAGGGUAGAAACUAGGUAGGGAGUCCAGAGGCGUCUGGUGCAUUGCUAUACUAUAUAAGCAGUGCACCCAAAAAUAUGAACAUCCCCUAUAACAGUCUUCUGGUGGGGAAAAUGAAACAGGAAUAGGUACGUAAUGUGAAUGAAGUGGGGUUGUUUUUUUUUUUACUUUGUCUUCCAAUUUAAUCAGUAUCCCAUUGAAACUCAUCUUGUUUCUCAUCUAAUCGUGCAGGCUGAGCAUUCUUUCCUCAAAUGCAUUUUUUUAAGUGCUGUCUGGAUUUAAUGGAGUGUAUCUGUAAAUAUGGGAACUGGGUAGCCAAGUGAGGGUCCUGUUUGGCUUCAGUAAUUUAUCAGCCAUUAAAAUAUUCAAGUAUACAAAAUCCUUUGUAGAAAAUUCAGUCUGAUUUUAUUUUCUUUUGCAGCUGAACUUGUAAAUAAAGAUAAUGUAGGACCUAUCUGAUGUCCAAUUUAAACUGGGCAGUUGCAAAACCUCCCCAUUUUUGUAUGUACUGUAGAUUAGUGUGUGUAUAAGUGUUACUGUAGUGGGGUUUUGUCCAACAAGCCUGAAAUUUAUACUUUGAAAUAAACUCCUGGGUUUUUAA